AAAGCACAUUUUAGAAAAUCAAAUUUACAUAAAUAGCCCUCCCAAACUUCCCUUUUAUUCCACCAUCCCCCCACCCAUACCUCCUUUAUUAAAUUUUCACUCCCAUUUUCUGUCGUCUCCGACGCUCUCUGAGAUUAAACUGAGAAAUUUGAAAAACCCUGUUCGAGAUUUUGCUUGAAAUCGUGGUUUGGGAUUGAACGAUGGGUCAGAUCCAGUACUCCGAAAAGUACUUCGAUGAUAUCUACGAGUACAGGCAUGUGGUUCUUCCUCAGGAUGUGGCUAAACUGCUCCCAAAGAAUCGGCUUCUCUCUGAGAAUGAAUGGCGUGCAAUUGGGGUUCAGCAGAGCCGUGGUUGGGUGCACUAUGCAAUUCAUCGCCCUGAGCCCCACAUCAUGCUCUUCAGGAGGCCACUGAACUAUCAGCAACAGCAGGAGAACCAAGCUGCCCAGCAGGUUCUUGCAAAGUGACCCUUGUCUGCGCAACGACACUGUCAUCUCUAGAACUGAAAUGUUAGAUAAACAGGUUUAUCGUUUGUUCAAAAGUAAUGUGCAUGUUUGGAUUAUGGCACUGUAGUGUAAUUCUCUCAUUUGGAGAAUUGUGGUGGGUAGUCACUGUUACUUGAGUAGGCUUUGGUGUUGAUGAUGUCUUAAACGUGUUGCUUCACUGCUUUAUUGUGUGGAUUUAGAACCAGUGGCGAAUUUGAAUGGUUAUUAUUAUCGAUUUAUGA